AUGAGGCCACUGCUGCUGCUCGCCUCGAUCGCGGCCGCUUCCGCGCUCGUGGUGGCUCCGUCAUCACGCUGGAGCGCAAAUCCGCCACUCCGCACCGCGCUGCAGCCGCCACUCCGCACCGCGCCGGUGCGGAGCCGCCGCUGCUGCAGUGCCGUCUCAAUGCAGUACGACGACGGCACCACGCCGCGGCAGGGCGGGCAGUACGAUGUCUCUGCGCCGCAGUUCGACGUGCUCUCGCUCCGCAGCUUCCGCAGAGACACGAUCCUCCAAUACGAUGCCACCAACCAGAGUGAGCCGCUCCGCAUCGCGCUCUGCCUCCUCGGCAUCCUCUUCAGCCUCUGCGUGCCGACGCUCUUUGAGGGCACCGACGCGGCCACGGUCAACGUGGCGGCCGUCGCGGGCACGGCCAUCUCGGGCACCCUCUUUGUCCGCAACCGCUCCGCCCGCUCCGCCCGCAUGGCCAAGAUUGACAACGAGUAUGCGAUGGGCGACCUGCGCGCCACCUACCGCGGCGUGCGCAGCAGCCGGCUCUCCGAGCUGCGCAACAAGCGGCGCGUCGUCGUGUCGCCGCUCUCACAUAUCGCGAUGCCGGGUUCCGGGUUCCCCAAGGCACAUUUGAACGGGGGAAGGAACGGCAAGCUCGUUCGGUCCUCCGCCUCGGUCCGCGCCUCCACGUACGUCCAGCACCGGUCGCACGUCGUUCAGAAGACGAUCAAGAAGAGGGGACCGUUCCGUUUGCUCAACCCGAGCGGCCGUCUGGCGCCUGAGAGCGCGGUUCAUACCUCCGGCCGGGUCAUGAUGCCGAUGGCGCGGUCUGAUCACAGCUUCCCCGCCAUCUUCAAGCACGAACACGUGUCGGUGUGUGUCAUGGAGCGAGUCAUGCGAGGGGCAGCUGCCGACCUCUCGGCGGCCUUUCUUCCAGCCCUCCCAGGGGUCAGCGCGGCGCUGGCGUGCCAGGAGGGCCUCAAGCACGCCGAGAAGAUGCUAGAGGGUGACUGCCCCUUUGUCGGCGCCAGCAGCCACCUCUACUCCAAGGGCUCGCUGGGUCUGAUGCCAACCAAGCCGGGUCACGACGACAAGAACGGCCCCGCCACCAGCACAUGCUGGCAGAACCUGGGGGAGGCGGCGUCGGGGGCGCAGCUCGAGCUCGUCGCCGUGGUGCACGGCCAUGAGGUCAUUGUCGAGGCGCCCAUGGGGACCGCCGUGCUCUUCAAGGCGUGGCUGCCUCACCUGACGCGCGCCUCUGCCGAGGGCCCCAGCCCCGCGCCGCAGGAUUGGCGCCUGCACCACACCGCGUACUGGCGCUUCGGGACCGAGUACUUUGCGUGGGUGGCGCGCGACUUCCACGCGGCAGGACAGGCGCUUUCGUGCAAGGACAUCUAA